CUCCUUGAAACACUUUGAUGAGGAGCAAAUUAGCUUCACUCUUUUGUUUGUCUCGACUUGAUCGAAAUACUGCAAUACACUUCAUAGUUUUACAUUUUUCUGUUCAGUUGUGACAAGUCACUUCUAUUUUUAAACCUUAUUCAGGGAUAUCAACCAAGUCCCUUGAUUUUUUGUUUACAAAUACAUGUAGCAUGGUAUGUUCCUGUAGAACUUCACUUUUCAUUUUUUUUUGCCUGGUAUUGUUGCACAUAAUGAAUCGAGCCCAAUGUCUUAUUUUACUACCUCUGUUGUCUUUUUGGCAAAAGUUGGUAAGUUUUCCUUGGACACUUCAGAUGAGCUCUAAAAAAUUUCAGUGACAGAAAAACUUGAUUUUCUUAUCAAUCUAUCAAAGUGAGAUCUUUGAAAACUUGACCCUUUGUAAGAGUCGGAUUUUGAUUUUUAAAAACUUUUCUAUGUGAAAAUGAUGAUAAUGACACCUACUACCCCUUCAUAUAUGCAUAACUACAUUUUCCUCAGUAUCCCUACUGGUUGAGUUUUUUUCCCCUUAGGCAGAUGUGGGAUACCUUACCCCAAGGUGCUGGUAGUUUAGAAGAACACUGCAUUUAUCAUAUAGCAGCUGAUAUACGAUUAAUUGCCGGGAUCAUACCACACUUUCUAUGAACUCAUUAGGAUAUAACAUUCAACUGCAAAUACUUUGCUGUGCCUAAGUUCUUGCUGAUGGUAAUUUUUACUUCUGGAAUAUGGCUUCAUGGUCUUAGAGUUUUCAAGCUAUGGGAAGAACUAGGGAAUCACUGGUCAGAGUUGUGAUGAAGCCGUGUUUGUCUGUAAAUCUAUUUUGAGAAAAAACGAAGGCAGGAUAUUUACGAAGGCUUUUGAUGCAUAGUAUUCAAAUACAACAUACAAGUUGUGAAUAUGUUGAAGAAGAAUGGAGUAGAUGAAGCCUAUGUUGCAAGAGCAGGAUCCUAACCAGUAAUCGCAGUGGUGAUGCUUUGAUUUCUUGUGGAUUGUAUAUCUCUACUAACAAGGAUUACUAUAGAUGGGCAUUGGUAAAAAAUGGGGUAAUCAAAUAUAACCCUUCAACCUCGUCUAAUGUUUGGACAUUUAAAUGGAACUAAUUGACAGUGGUAAUGAUAAUAAUAAUAAUAGCUAGUUUUUAUAUAGUCCUUUUCCCAUACCGGCUCAAAGCAGCAUAUUAUUACCCUGGUCAUUGGAUUCUGGAAUAUGGCUUCAUGGUCUGAAGUUUUAGAGCUUCAGUGAUGUCUUCAAGAAAGACUUCAAGAUGUAAAACUAAGAAGGGCAGAGACCUGGUCCAGCUUUUUGACUCGGCUGGGAAGGUCUCCAUGAAAACGGGCUCCAUCCCCGCCCAGACCCGGAUCACGGUGCUCCUGGACGACAUCCGAGAUGCCUACCUGGAGCUGGAGGAUGUGUCGGAGAGUAGGAGGAUCCAGCUGGAGCAGUGCAGGGACCUCAGGCAGUUUGAGGUUGAUGCAGAACAGGUUGAGACCUGGAUCCACACUGCUGAGAAGAUGCUGGCCGUAGCUGCUAUACCAAACUCACUCAAUGAGGCAGAGCAACUACAGGCAGAACAUCAGCAAUUUGAACUCGCUAUCGAGAAAACCCAAGAAAGUGCAAUACGUCUUCACGACACUGCCUUCAAGCUCUUAGAAUCAAGACACUAUGAUUCUGAGAGGAUACAAGGAAUUGCCUCCAGUAUUGAGAGGAGAUGGCAGGCCCUUGUCAUGCAAUCAGAAGAUAGGAGGAAACUCUUCCAGUAUGCUGCCAGCUUUUACAAAACUUCAGAUAAGGUGCAAUCAGUGUUAGAAGAUCUAGAGAGGGAGUACACUCGGGAGGAGGACCUCUGCGGUGGGGGUAGCGGGGACCGUUCCCCUCCUCAGGUCAGUGAUGCCGACAUCGCCAAACACAUAAGCAGGCAUCAAGACCAGAAGGAAAGCUUCUUGAGGGCGUGUACCAUGGCCAGGCGCAACGCAGAAAGCUUUCUCAAGUACCUCAAAAAGUGCAAUGUUUACUCAAGCCAACAGGGCUCUAGUAUUGCCGACAGGACGAGAGGGCCUGAAGGUUAUGUCAAAAGAAUACUAGAAGAAUUACUGUUACAAGAAGACAAGGUGUUAGACCACUGGACUCAGAAGAAGAAGCGAUUGGACCAAUGCUUGCAAUAUGUCCUGUUUGAAGCUAGUGCUAGACAGGCUUUAAAUUGGAUCCAUGAUACGGGAGAGUUCUACCUAUCAACCCAUACCAAGCUAGGGGAGGAUAAGGAGGAGACAGAGGGACUACUCACUGAGUACAAUGAAUUCAAGAAUGCUGCUAAGGAAAAUGGUGAGAAGGUCAAGUUAUUACUACGACUGGCUGACAGUCAGCUUGAGAAGGGUCAAUCUCACGCCUCCCGGAUCAAGUCAUGGGUCAGUGCAGUGGACAAGAGGUAUAGAGACUUCUCACUACGAAUGGACAAAUACAGGGCUCAACUGGAAGGCAAGCUGGGUCUAAGCCAUGAGGAUGAUGGAAAUCUCUCAUUAGACAAUCGGAAAUCAGACACCAGUCUGGAAGUAAAGUUAAGAGAUGCUGCCAAGGGUAUGGGUGAGGAGAAGAGAAAAUCAGCAAGGAAAAGAGAGUUCAUCAUGGCUGAGUUACUACAAACAGAACAGGCUUAUGUUAGAGAUCUUCACUGCUGUCUCACGAACUACAUGUGUGAAAUGAUGGCAUCAGUAGGAGAGGUACCAAGUGGCAUCAUUGGAAAGGAAAAUAUCAUUUUUGGGAAUAUCGAGGAAAUUUAUGCCUUUCAUAAAGACAUUUUCCUUAAGGAGCUAGAGAAAUAUGAAGCAAUGCCGGAAGAUGUCGGCCAUUGCUUUGUCACAUGGGCCGACAAAUUCCAGAUGUAUGUAACCUACUGCAAGAACAAACCAGAUUCAAAUGCCUUAUUAGUAGAACAUGGAGGAGCUUUCUUUGAUGAGAUGCAAAAGAAGCACAACCUUGGUCUCUCAGUUCAAGCUUAUAUAAUCAAGCCAGUACAAAGAAUAACUAAAUAUCAGUUGCUGCUCAAGGAUCUUCUUGCUACAUGCGAGGAAGGAAAAGGAGAAAUCGAGGAUGCAUUAGACGUGAUGUUAACAGUACCAAAGAAAGCUAAUGAUGCAAUGCACGUCAGCAUGUUGGAAGGAUUUGACGACUAUCUACAAGCUCAUGGGGAAGUGAUCCUCCAGGAUUCUUUCCAGGUCUGGGACACUAAACAGAUCUUCAGGAAAGGUCGUGAGAGGCAUAUCUUCCUCUUUGAGAUGUUUCUCGUCUUCAGCAAGGAAACCAAGGACAGUACUGGAAAGACCAAAUAUGUUUACAAGAGCAAGAUGGAUACUUCUGAUCUCGGCAUAACAGAACACAUAGAGGGUGACCAUUGUAAGUUUGCUCUAUGGACGGGUAGAACACCAUCUUCAGACAAUAGAAUAGUACUCAAGGCUCAGAAUAUGGACAACAAGCAGGAAUGGAUCAGGAAACUAAGAGAAGUCAUACAGGAUAGGCAGAUCCACCUUAGAGCAGCUCUUAUUAAUACAGUCAAGUUCUCAAAAUCGUCCUUCACCCAAAGUGCCCCAUCCACCUCUGGUAGUCUCAGUCAGAAAUCCAGCAGGAGUUAUAAUUCAGAAGAAAGUCUGAAUGAUGAAUCUUUGCUGGAACGAUAUGACAGGAACUCCAUAACCUCAGUAUCAACAAACAACACCAAUUAUACAGAUAACAGUGAUAAGGACUCGACAAGGAUGAGCACAGAAUGCGGAGUGGUCAUAGAAGAUUUUGAAGCCGCAUCCAGCCGCGAGCUAUCGGUCACUCGAGGUCAGACGGUGGAGAUCCUUGACCAGCCAUAUGAGAACCGAGACUGGUACCUGAUCCGGACACUGGCCCAGGACAAUGCCACGCCCAUAGAAGGAAUGGUCCCGGCUUACUGUAUCCGACUUGCUUCUCAGAGAUACAGCUCAAGCAGUCUAGGUAUGUGGCAUGCUGUUGAGGAUGUUGUAUAGUUUGAAUUAAUCAAAGUGUUUUUAUGGUGUACCUUGUAUUUUGUUUUGGUUUUGUUGUUGUUGUUUCUUUUCCAUCAUUCUAUAAUUUCCAAAAGGAUUCCUACAGCUGUAGAAAUAAAUUUAGAACAUCGGUUGAAAUUAUUAGGGAAACGUAUCAUAUAAUACUCAAGAUCUUUUAUGAACAAAAUUUUGAAAAUUGAAAAUUGAAAAAAAAGAACACAGAUUAUUGCAUAAGUCAUGCAAGGCCUUUUUUUUAUCUCAGGGAAGUAAGGAAAGAGCUGUCUAUAAAUGAUUUCAAUUCAGUGAUUUUUUUUUUAGCUGAUGUCAUGCUAUUUGUUCUGUUUUUACUGUGCUAAGAUUUCACAAGUUUCUGCAAACUAGCUCAUCAGUAUAUUC